AUGGUGGAUACCAUUGCCGAGAAAGUAAUAUUCUGUAGGCUCGCUGUCAAAGUAUGCGCUGAUAGAAUAACUCGAGAAGUUGAGUCACCAGAUCUGCUCGGUAGCCAGCGAUAUAUCGUUUUGGCCUACUUGGCACAAAUCGCUGAUUUGACAGAAUCUACCUAUGGCACGCAGACAACAUCCCUUUUCAAUGAUCUCGGUUCUCUGGUUUAUCUAUACGAAGGGCGACUCUUCCUACCCAACUGUUUAUUAUCAAUAUUCACAAGAGUUCCGCUCUGCGGUGGAUGUAAUGUCUUGAUGAAGUGGGCUGUAAGACUCCGAGUUCGCCAAGCGGCCACUAUCUCAGGAGCUCUAGGGACCACCGUUCUCUGGACAUUGCAUGCUUAUAACAAAGCUGCUGGUUUGGUGAUGAACAACAUCAUCGUAGGAACGGGGAUGGGCGAUGCUGCUUGCGUGCGCAGGUGUCAAGUGGUGUCAUGCUGGCGUGAGCGACCCGGGUCCCUACCUAAUAUGUCUCGUGAUCAGGGUAUCCGCGGGUAUUUACCCGGAACCAACCGAUCAAGCGAGUCAGUCCGUCAGUUUGUUAGUAGUACUAGGCUAUUGGAAGUAAGUUCUGGAGCACAGAAACCCGACUAUGAGAGGCCCAGACCAAUAGAGGGUGGGGAAUGCGAGCUCGCUUGGGAGGCAUGGGCAGGUGUCGGUGUCAACUUCCGACAGACUGCAAGGGGAAGCCAAGACGGGGAUGACCUGGCUAUGGGGACUAUGAGUAGUGAUGGACCGGAAUUGGGAGUUCAAGCUGUACUGAAGGUUAGCGGUAUUAUGUUGGCCAGGAUCCCCUUUCAUUGUCUUGUCUUGGGGUUGAGCACCUCAUUUGGUCUGUUCCAGCCACCACCACAUUCAGUAGACAUCAUAUGUGCAACCGUUUCAAGUAGACAGGAAGCAUGGGUGUGGUCUGGUCACACUGGUGUUCCAUGA